AGCAAAGAAGGAAGGUGUAGUCUGUACAGGCAAUAUAGAUCAUCAAGGCGAUUUGAUUGAACCUGGGAAUAUUGUGAUUGUUGGCAGUCUAGCGACAUCUGGUAGCAUUGAAACGAACGAAUCAUUGACUGUGAAGGAUGCUCUCACUACUGGGGGUAAUAUCAAGGUUGGAAAGAACAUGGUUACUGGCAGUUUAAUGGCUUGUGGUACUGUUGAAACGAAUGAAUCAUUGACUGUGAAAGGUGAUGUUACGACGAUGGAAGACGUCAAGGUGGGAAGAAAUAUGAUCAUCGGUGGUAAUUUAUCCUCAAGUGGCAAUAUUACUGUUGGACAAAAUCUACUACUUCGCGGCUCUGUAUUUGCUGCUGGAAACAUUGUUGCUGGGGGCGCCGUCAAUACCAAUAAUUCAGCUGAAGUCACUGUAAUUGGCUCAAUUCAAGAUCACCAGGUAUCCGCUACUGAUGUCAGUCAUACUGUUCCUUUUGACACACCUACUGCUGUCAGCCACACUGAUUCCUCUGCUAUUGUUAAUCCUACUCUCUCCACUGUGCCUGUCGGUGAAUCUCAUCAAGUACGGCAAUUUAGCUUGGCUCAAUAUUAUACUGAUGCAGGUUACAAGAAAUCCACAGCGAGAAUCAAUUUAACUAAAACAUCAUCACUACAAGUACUAGAGUCAACCAUAUCAACGCACCGUACUGUAACCAUGCAGGGGAUACAAGAUUACAUCGCCACGACGUUGGACGCCUUGGACCCAAUGAAAGAAUUUUAUGACCAAAAUGAAAUUCGUGGUUUGAAAUUUUCAAAUUACAAAGGAAGACAGCGCGUAGAUGCAGAGAUGGUGAACAUACUCGUCGAUGGCGUUGAAAAGUACAGACCUUAUGGAACAAGACGAAGACGAAAACGGAGAACAAAGCGGCGACAACAAAGACAAGGACAACAACAAAGACAGCGAAGAGGAGGAAGAAGAAGAAGAAGUAGAAGACACCCUCACAACGAAGAAAGAAGCACAAUAAAGUCCUGAAGCUACUCAUCAUCCAUCCAAGGUCCCGGUAAUUGUUUUUGGUUCUUCAACAUUCGGACGCAACGUAUUCAAGGGCAAACCCGCAGGAGUAACUGAUAAAUGC